GGGGAGGAGGCUUUCGGGCGCCGGGGGAGGGGGAAGUGUGAGAGAGCUGCUGACUGAGGCCGCCGCCUCCCUUUCCUCGUCUGGAGAGCCUGAGCAGGGGGGUGGGGGAGGCUGAGAGAGAGAGGAAAGAGCCCUGCGCGGGGUCUGAGGGAGGGAGCCAGCCAGCCAGAGAGCGCGGGAGCCAGGCAGGCAGGGCCGGCUGGCCGGCCGGUGGAGUAGGGGAGAAGCCGAAGGCAAAGAGGCGGCAGCUGCUGCUGCAACGGGGGCGCCUCAGUCCCUCCCCUCCCCACUACCACCACCAUCCCCCGGGAGAGGCUGCGACUCUCCGGCCUGGCGGGCCCCCAGCCACCCAACCUCUCGGCCAUGCCGAAUAAAAAGAAGGAGAAAGUGAAUCAGGAACCUCCAAAAGCAGGCAAAAGUGGGAAGAGUAGCAAAGAUGUUCAAGAUAACCUGGACAUUGAGGUCACAAGCAAAAAAUCAAACAACAUUCCACCUGCCACACAACUAUCUAAAGUCAAAGUACCUCCUCCACAGGCUGCAGUGAAGAAAGAAAAACGGCAAAGUUCUUCUAGGUUUAGUAUUAGCAGUAACAGAGAACUCCAAAAGCUGCCAGCUUUAAAAGAUGUUCCCCCUGCAGAGCAAGAAAAGCUCUUCAUUCAGAAGUUGCGACAAUGUUGUGUCCUUUUUGACUUUGUGUCUGAUCCGCUAAGUGACCUAAAGUGGAAGGAAGUAAAACGAGCGGCUUUAAGUGAAAUGGUAGAAUACAUCACGCAUAAUCGCAAUGUGAUCACAGAGCCUAUUUACCCAGAAGUAGUACAUAUGUUUGCAGUUAAUAUGUUUCGCACAUUACCACCUUCAUCUAAUCCAACGGGAGCAGAAUUUGACCCAGAGGAGGAUGAACCAACCUUAGAAGCCGCAUGGCCUCAUUUACAGCUUGUUUAUGAAUUUUUCUUAAGGUUUUUAGAAUCUCCAGAUUUCCAGCCUAAUAUAGCUAAGAAAUAUAUUGAUCAGAAGUUUGUAUUGCAGCUUUUAGAGCUCUUUGAUAGUGAAGAUCCUCGAGAGAGAGACUUUCUUAAGACUACUCUGCACAGAAUAUAUGGGAAAUUCUUAGGCCUAAGAGCUUACAUCAGGAAGCAAAUUAACAAUAUAUUUUAUAGGUUUAUUUAUGAAACAGAACAUCACAAUGGCAUAGCAGAAUUACUGGAAAUAUUGGGAAGUAUAAUUAAUGGAUUUGCCUUACCAUUGAAAGAAGAGCACAAAAUCUUCCUUCUGAAGGUGUUAUUACCUUUGCACAAAGUGAAAUCACUCAGUGUCUACCAUCCACAGCUGGCGUACUGUGUAGUUCAGUUUUUAGAAAAGGACAGCACACUUACUGAGCCAGUCGUGAUGGCACUACUCAAAUACUGGCCAAAGACUCACAGUCCAAAAGAAGUAAUGUUUUUAAAUGAAUUAGAAGAAAUUUUAGAUGUUAUUGAACCGUCUGAAUUUGUAAAGGUUAUGGAACCUCUCUUCAGGCAGCUAGCCAAGUGUGUCUCCAGUCCGCACUUUCAGGUGGCAGAACGAGCACUGUACUACUGGAAUAAUGAAUAUAUUAUGAGCUUAAUCAGUGACAAUGCAGCAAAGAUUUUGCCCAUCAUGUUUCCAUCCUUGUACCGGAAUUCAAAGACACAUUGGAACAAGACAAUACAUGGUUUGAUUUAUAAUGCUCUGAAACUCUUCAUGGAGAUGAACCAAAAAUUGUUUGAUGAUUGCACGCAGCAAUUUAAAGCAGAAAAACUUAAAGAGAAGCUAAAAAUGAAGGAACGGGAAGAAGCAUGGGUUAAAAUAGAAAAUCUAGCCAAAUCAAACCCGCAGGUAUAUGGAAAAUAUUCAGAGUACUCAGUAUAUAGUGACACAUGUCUGGUGACCAGUCCUGUUGCAAUGGAAACUGAUGGGCCUUUAAUUGAAGACUUGCAGGUGCUGACAAACACAGUGAAAGAGGAAGCUUGUAUGGCACAGAAGGAUCUGAGAAAGGAGCGUCCUAUGGUGCGGCGCAAGUCUGAACUGCCUCAGGAUAUCUAUACCAUGAAAGCCUUGGAGUCCCAUUGCCGAGCUGAUGAGCUAAUAUCGCAUGAUGGGCAUUAGACUAUUCAAGUGAAAUCUUACUUGGAGGAAAACCUGUUGUUUUUUUUCUGGACUCUGUUCCACAGUAGAGAACUUACUUUUUUUGUGCCAUACUGAUCAGUUACACACAAAGUCAGAAGUGGUUUUUUUCUGACCCGGUUCUGUUAGGCAAUAACUAUGAUACAGUGUACACGCAGCUCAAGAUUAGUAGUUCAAACAAUGGUAAAUUACCUGAUUCUGUAUGCAGAGCCUAGUAUUAGAGUAAUCUUGAUGCUGUUGGCACGUUACCCAUCAGUUGGGGACAUGCAUUGUUCUCAUAUGAGUGCUGGAAGAAGAAGCACUCUUGGUGCAAAAAUCGCCAAGUGCUGUUGCCACCCAGCCUCCCAUUCAUUUCAGGGCUGUUUCAUGUAUUGCAUCCUAUUUACCUGGUGUUGGAGAAGAAGUGCAAAACCGUAACGUUAAGGAUGAUGGUGUUUGCUUCAUAUAUGCACAUUAUGAAACUACAGUCGGCUGCAUCUCCUAAGGCAUGGAAGAUGCAGCAGAAAACGUGCACAUCCAUGUGACUGCCAUGUGACAAUCUGAACAGGAGUUGCAUGCUUUUCCCUAUAUAGAAACGCUUUCUGCAGAUGCAAAAUGUAGCGUGUGAAGCAGCCUAUAGUGGAUUUGCAGGGGAGGGUGUCCUCUGCCAGUCCCACUGAUGUGACUGGAGGCUGCAUAGCAGCGGUGCCUGGUAAACGGGAGUUGAUUUUCAGUGUCUCCUUCCCCCCAUUCCUUUCCAGCUGAUGUUUGGUACUGUGGCAAUAUGCAUCUCCAAAAGCAAAAUUCCAAAUUCAUACAUAAUGAUUAGACAUUUUUCUAAAAUGCGAGCCUUUCAAAAAUGGUUUCUGCAUUGUUGUCUUGCCGCUUUUUGGCGGCCGGAAAAAAAAUACCAUUGAAUUGUUCUCUCAGUGCAGUUUACAGAAUGGUAAUCUUCAUGACAAUCUAGAAUCACGACUAAUUUCUAGGAGCUCUGAAAACCAGUUAUCAGAGAGACGGGCACCCUGUCCAAAUACUUUAUAUGGAUUGAAGCCAUAUUUUCCAUUCCUUAGCGUGUGAUACAAAAUGUAUAUUUCAUAACUGAGCUGAUUGGAAACUUUGCUUUCCUUCCAAAAAAACACAGUUGUCUGCCUUGACUCAAAAUCAGUUGCAUUUUUUUACAGUCACUGGAUACUGUCUUGUUUGUAUAUGUGUGUGUGUGUGUGUUUGUGUGUGUAUGCACACACAUGCUGAGAUGACUGCACAGUUUUUUCUCCUUUAUUGAGCUUUUACCACAUGGCAUAUUUGGGGUUCAAAGAAUUCCAGUCACAAACAUCAUGAGACUAGUUAUUUUGAAUGUUUCCUGCCCCCAGCAAUGUAAUACGAAUUAUUUUUAAUCCGUCAGAAAUAUCUUACAGAUGCAUUCUGCAUCUUAAAUGCCUCUGAGAAUGAAGUUACAGACUUGUCAAAUUUUUUUUGUUGUGAAAAGCACACAUGAUACAUAUAUGUCUCACAAGCAAAAUGAAAAUACACCUGAAUUGCUGUCAAUCUUCAAAUGCUACAGAGUAUUCCAGAAGAUGAUUUGUGUGCUUUGAGAGCUCUCUUUUUUCCCCCAUUGUUGUAGAUGGCAGAGCAUGAAAACCCAUUUUAUGUGCUUUAUUUUCAAUAUUUAAUUUAUCUCAGGGUGGCCAGUAUUUUAAGAUCUCCAGUUUAAGAGCUUCUACAGAUGAGUUUUAUUUAAAAUGGGUGACUUGUUUUCUAUUGUCUCUGAGAGUAACGUGUCAUAAUUCAACAUUUAACAGUCUUGAUGCAGAAAUGUUAAACAUGUAGCUCCUUCAAAAUAGUAGUUGUUUAAAAAGAAAGAAAUAUGAGGUCUCUUUAAUCCAUAAAAAUUAUUGUUCAAAACAGGCAUUUAGAGUAACCUUGUGCAGAUGUUGUGCCUGCUGUGUUUGGUCUCACUUAAAAUGUCCCAAUAUUUACUGCAAAGCUUUGGAAAAUAAUCACAAAGGGUGGGAUGAGGAUUACUGUUAAAAUAAAUGUUAAAGACCACUCCAGACUUCAAGUGAAAUAAUAUCCACUCGGUGUGAAAAUUCCUGUUACACUUGAAAAUUAAAUAUGCUUUACCAUAAUGGGAAAAAAACUAUAAUUAGAGCAGUUUAAAUAUGUCUUCCCCUUUUUUUGACAGGGGAAGAGGGUGCUUUUAUAAUUGCAUAAAGCAAUGUCUAUAUGUAUUUUGAUAUACCAUUGUUUGAACUUCCAUCUUUAGCUGAUAGCUUCUCAAAUAUCUUUUAUAAUUUGGCUGUUCAGUAGGUUCAUGAAAGAGGUUUCUGGGAAGAAGCACUCUAAUUUUAUCCUGCGGAAAAAUGGGGGAAAGGGGGAAAUAUUGUAUAUCAAUGUUUGGUUGACUGUGUAACGCUCAACGUAUACGAUCUUUCACUGUCUAGAUUUUAUUUUUGCUCUUUACUGAAGAUAAACAUUCACCAAAAAGCGAACUUUCUUGGAUAUAGCUAGGAAAAUUAUGCCAUGACAAUUUUUGCUCUUGAGAUUUAGGCCAGUUGGCAAACUUUUGCCUAAGCAAUAUUCUAAAAAUUUAGCAGCACUAAUUGUUUGGCUUGUCUGUUAUCACCAUUUUAUGCUCUGUAGAAGUUCUGUAUUAAAUUAUUCUUUAAAAAUUAAUACAUCCAAAAUAAAAAUGUGCAAAUACAGUACAGUUUUGGUGACUGUUGUUCUUCAUAAAGUUCAGUGUUCACCACGUCCCAUCUUUUCCAAAAUUACACCUGUACAUCAGGAAUGUAAAAAAAAAAAAAAUAUUACAAGUGUCUUUCUUUUUUGGUGUGGCUUUAGUAUGGCUUCAUUUUAAUAUUGUACAUACAUUGUACUUUGUUUUAUUGUAAUGAGUAAUAAAAAUGUAGACUUCA